AAAAAAUGAUAAUAUAAUAAAAUACCCAAUAAAAUAUAAGCGGAUAAGAAAAACACAUAAAAAGGAAACAGCUUGAAAACAAUCUCUCUCACUCCUCCUCUGCCUUAGUCUUUCUCAAAAUUGCCUAAUGAGUCUGUCAUCUCCGGCAAGUGUGUGUACUUCUCUGGACUGGAAGUCUUCGAGCUUGUUCCCAACUCUGGGGCCAACUUCUGUUGGUCUCCAUGGAUUCUUGGUUUCUUCUAAAUCCAAACCCCCCCUCAAGAAAAAAUUCUCUGUAUCAUGCUCCUCCUCAUCAAAUUCCGAUCCACUCUUGGUUAAAGCUGCGAGAGGAGAUCCUGUAAGUCGACCUCCAGCUUGGAUGAUGCGCCAGGCAGGAAGGUAUAUGGCGUCUUACAGAAAGCUUGCAGAGAAACAUCCAUCAUUCAGAGAGAGGUCAGAGACAACUGAUCUCAUUGUGGAAAUUUCUUUGCAGCCUUGGGAGGCAUUUCGUCCUGAUGGAGUAAUUAUCUUCUCUGACAUUCUUACCCCUUUACCUGCAUUUGGUGUCCCAUUUGACAUAGAAGAAGUUAGGGGUCCUGUUAUUCAGUCACCAAUUACUUCGGAAGAUGGCUUGAAGACAUUGCAUCCCAUUGACUUUGACAAACUUCAUUUUGUGAGGGAAUCCUUACAAAUAUUACGCAGGGAGGUUGGUGGGCAUGCGGCUGUUUUGGGUUUUGUAGGAGCACCUUGGACAAUUGCUACAUAUAUAGUGGAAGGGGGUACAACUCGCACUUAUACAACAAUAAAGAGAAUGUGCCAUACAGAACCACAUGUAUUAAGGGCUCUUCUUUCUCAUUUGACUCAGGCAAUAUCACACUACAUUGUUUUCCAAGUAGAGUCUGGGGCUCAUUGCAUACAGAUAUUUGAUUCCUGGGGUGGACAAUUGCCACCUGAUAUGUGGGAGAAGUGGUCAAAACCUUUCAUUGAAGAGAUUGUGAGAGUUGUAAGAAAAAAAUGCCCUGAAACACCUCUGGUUCUCUACAUCAAUGGAAACGGUGGCCUUCUUGAACGUAUGAAAGGAACUGGUGUUGACGUGAUUGGGCUUGAUUGGACUGUGGACAUGGCAGAUGGAAGGAAAAGAUUGGGCAGUGGAAUCAGUGUACAGGGAAAUGUAGACCCUGCAUACUUAUUUUCUACCCUUCCUGCCCUCACUGAAGAGAUUCAAAGGGUUGUAAAAUGUGCGGGGCCUAGGGGUCACAUCCUCAAUCUAGGACAUGGAGUUCUUGUUGGGACACCAGAAGAAGCUGUUGCACAUUUCUUUGAUGUUGCAAGAACCUUGAAGUAUGAUUCACUUUUCCAAAAUCAAGCAGUUGGGGAACCUAAUCUUGUAGUUUAAGCAAGUGCAUUUCAGCAGUUUUGUAUACAAAAUUUAGCUUCUGGUUGAGAAUUAGCAUCUGACAUGCAUCAACAUGCCUGCUUAAUCUCACUUGAUUAGCAUGCGGUAGAAAGACUGACAGAAACCUUGAGGUCUUUUGCAUGCUUAAGGGUGAGCUCACUAGUUUAAUUCAUUUGUAUUUGUAAUUAACGAUUUUUGAGAUUAAAUAUCGAAUUUGUAUUGGUUGUCUAGUUGUAAUUAUUGCCACCUUUAUUUGUAUCUUAUGUGGUAGAUGUCAAUCACUCAUUUUUGGGUUGGAUAACUUGCCAACUUCUGCAUAAAAGAAAUAAAUAAAUAUGUUUGAUGUUAUAA